AUGCUCUGCCUCGACUUCACGCCGUCCCUCCCUCACCAUCUUCCACACCCCAACCCCCAUAAUCAUUUAUCACCUUUCAACAGCCCUCCCGCCCGCCCUCCCUACUCACACGCUUACUUCAUUCCCCCCCUACGCCCCUCCCUGCCCCGACAUUCCUCCACUCCCUCCCCACAGCCAUGGGCCUCACCGCAAUUACCGCGGCUGCUGCCCAACUUGCCGCCGUGUCCGCAGAACACCGCCAAACGACCACGCCCCACGCGACCUCCUCCCCUUCUUCGCGCACCCGCCCUCGCUCCCGCUCCCGCUCUAGCUCGCUGCUCAGCGACUCGACCGACCCAGACCCCGACGACUGGGAGAGCGACGACGCCUCCCUCCCCUCCCCAACUAUCAAGACCCGUCCCGCUCCUCAUCACCCACAAAGCCCUGCCAAGAAGCGUCGCGCAGUGUCGCCCACUCCAACCAAGAAGACCUCCCCGCUCACUUCCGUCUCCCCGUCGUCGUCCAUGACAGCCGUCCCUGCUGAAGAAGCUGUCCAAGGGAACAGCGCAACGCCCACCUCACAAGAGCACGCAGACACCUUCCCAGCAGAGAUGUUGCUCGACUUAGCCGGCAGCACCAGUGCUGAAGUUCGUCGCAUGAACGAGGACGAGCGCGCCUUGGUUCAUUACAAGCGACGACUGCGCAACAGGGAGAGCGCCAAGCGCAGUCGCGCGCGUCGUCAGGCCACCAUUCAUGACAUUCAGGGGGAGCUCGAGGACCUUAGGGACGUGACCGCUAAACUGCUCGACAGAUGCGUGUCGUUUGCAAGGGUCAAUGACACCCAGGGUCGUGAACUCGAGACGCUCAGGAAGGAGAAGCACUUGCUGGAAAGUAUGCUUAGGGAGGGCGGUGGUGCCGGCUUGUGACCAUAGUGCGGCCUUCGCGAAGUUGGCGCGACCUUACUUAUUGCCGUUGUUCCGUAGUUUCGGGUUUUAUGUCAAUCGUCAAUGUAUUUCUCGUGACGGUUUCUUUUCUCUCUUCCUCGCUCUCUGGGAUUUGUGCUAGCAUGGGAUACUCAUGUCUGUACUAUCGUCUAUGUUCUUUCUUGUUAAUGUGAUGACCUUUUCGUACAUACUAAACAGUUUAUCUUUCAA